AUGACCACAGAGCGUCUAUUGACCGGCACCUCGCCAAUGCAGUUUCUCUGUCUAGGCAUCAUCGGUUACCUGACAUACGGUAUCUUCCGCGCUCUGUACAACAUCUACUUCCAUCCACUGUCAAGCUUCCCUGGACCGAAGCUACGCGCUGGAUUCUACUUUCCAUUCUAUUAUGAUCGACUCACAGGCGAUUACAUAAACGAUUGGCAUGAGCUUCAUGAGAAGUAUGGAGAGGUUGUUCGCAUAGCACCUCAUAUACUAUCUACCAUCUCCCCCGACGCCUGGCGAGUGGCCCCCGACAAAGACCACACCCGUAUGCGUCGCUCGAUAAACCACGCUUUCUCUGAGCAGGCCUUACGUAGCCAAGAAAACAUCAUCACCGGAUACAUUACUUUCAUGAUCUCGAAGCUGCAUGCUCGAGCGCAAACACAGACUCCUAUCGAUGUGACACGUUGGAUGAACGCCACAACGUUCGAUAUCACAGGGGACUUAGCGUUUGGCGAGCCGUUCGGCGCUCUGGAGGCCGACGCGUGUCACUCCUGGAUCGAGAAUACCUUUGCCGGAUUGAAAUGGGUUCGGCUCAUGGCACCGCUUCGAGCAUAUCCUAUCUUUGGAGUGCCGAUAUUUGCUUUAUUGAGGAGGUGGCCAGCUUUGGAACAGGCGAGGAAGAGGCAGUUUGGGUACCUGGAUGAGAAGCUGGAGAGGAGGUUGAGGUCGAAGACUGACCGGAACGACUUCCUCAGACUAACAAGCGGUCUCCUGAUCAUAGCAGGCAGCGAAACCUCAGCAACCUGCCUAAGCGGAGCAGUCUACUACCUUCUCAAGAACCCUACUUGGAUAACAUGCCUGCUCAGCGAGCUUCGAUCCGCUUUCAAAAACGAGUCCGAGAUGUCUUUCCAAUCACUCAGUCACCUCAAAGUCCUCCAAGCCGUCAUACAGGAAUCCCUUCGUAUGUACCCACCCUUGCCAGUCGACAUGCCACGCAUGACACCCCCCGAGGGCGCUACCGUCUGUGGAGCAUACAUCCCGCCGCAUACAAGUAUCAGUAUCCCCCAUUACCCGGCCUACCAUUCACACCUCAACUUCAAGGACCCCGACACUUUUGCCCCAGAGCGCUGGCUCGGCGAUGAAAAGUAUGCCGAUGACAGGCGCUCGGUGCUGCAGCCGUUCUCGAUGGGGUCGAGGAACUGCAUUGGACAGAAUCUUGCGUGGGCGGAGAUGAGGAGUAUACUUGCCCGAUUGGUGUGGAGUUUUGAGAUGGAGCUGUUGCCUGAGAGCGAGGGGUGGGAUCAGGGGCAGAAGAUCUAUCUGCUUUGGUUUAAGCCAGCGCUUAUGGUCAGGUUGAGGGCGAGGGAGGUGGAAUGA